AUGCGAAACACUCUUAUUUUUACGGGCAACUCCUGCCCGGCCCUGACGUGGAAAAUAUGUGAGAAUUUGGGCAUGGCUCCGGCCGAGGCCGAGCUGUCGCAAUUCUCCAAUGGCGAAACAAGUGUCCGCAUCCUCAAUAGCGUUCGGGAGAAAGACGUCUUCAUCGUUCAAUCGGGCAGUCCCAAGAUCAACGACACCAUCAUGGAGCUCCUUAUCAUGAUAUCUGCCUGCAAAGGAGGGUCUGCCAACAAGAUCACUGCUGUCCUGCCGUACUUCCCAUAUAGCCGACAGUCCAAGAAGAAGUCACACCGGGGUGCGAUCACCGCCAGGAUGCUUGCCAAUCUACUUGAUGUAGCCGGCGUCAAACAUGUCAUCACUGUUGAUCUCCACGCAUCCCAGAUGCAGGGCUUCUUCAAAUGCCCCGUUGACAACCUCCACGCAGAGCCGAUCAUCGCUCGCUGGAUUCGGCACAACGUCCCCAAUUGGAGAGAGGCGGUUGUCGUAUCAAAGAAUGCUGGAGGCACGAAGCGAGUCACGUCCCUUGCCGAUGCUUUGAAGCUCAAUUUUGGCAUGGUGACGACGGAUAAGAAGAGAGGUGCCAAUAUGUCGGCAAGCAUGAUCAUGAACCAGUUGGAUGAUCUUGAGCGGAAACCUAUACCUGGCUCGAACAUGCAGCACUCACACCACGAUUUGAGGUCAGAGCAAGAACCUGGACCCGUUGACCAUACCCACGUACGGACUUCGCGGACAGUGGCAGACGCCCAAGGCUCUCCAAGGCGUAUUAAUUCCGGCCAAUCACGCUCUACGACUCCCACCAGACCUCCGCUUGCCCGGCAUCGGGCGGGAGCCUCGCAAAGUUCUUUCAUGGACGAUGACGCGGAAGCUGACGGUGGUGAAUACAAUGACCAACGAGCCUACGACGUUACGCAUGGACGAUUGGUCCAAGGCCAUAUUGUGCCCGAUGAUUUCUUGUCACCAGCUCUCUCGGCUGCUGAUGCGAGUCUUCCAGAUGAAGACCCGAUGACCAUGUCACAUGCGUCUUCAUUCUUUGCGCCUGAGUCGCAUGCCCUCCGAGGGGAUGCUGGCGCCAACUCGGACGAGGAGGAAGACAUUCUAACGAACUCCAAGGUGGAGCACAUGAUCACCCUAGUUGGAGAUGUGAAGGACCGGACCGUUCUUAUUGUCGAUGACAUGAUUGACAAGCCGGGGUCGUGGAUUGCCGCUGCCGAGACGGUUGUCAAGCGUGGCUUUGCAAAGAAGGUCUACUGCAUUGCCACUCACGGCGUGUUUGGCGCAGACUGCCUCGAGCAGAUGCAGGCGUGCGAUUGUAUCAACACCAUUGUUGUCACCAACAGCUACCCCGUUCCUGAAGACCGAGCAAGGAAGGCCAGUAAGCUGGUCUUGCUUGACUUGUCCUUCCUCCUGGCCGAGGCCAUCCGCCGGAAUCACUAUGGCGAGUCUAUCUCGCCCUUGUUUCAACACAUUGUGGACUGA